ACGAUGGCCGUCUCUCGCUGCUCCAUCCUUGUGCUCCCGCUCCUCUUCCUCUCCACCUUCCCGCCGCCCGCCUCCGCCUGCGACCGCUGCGUGCACCGCACCAGAGCCGCCAACUACGCCCCCUCUCUCACCCUCGCCGCCGGUUCCUGCGGGUACGGCGCGGCGGCCGCGUCCCUCAACGGCGACCUGCUCGCCGGGGCGGGCCCGGCCCUGUACAGACAAGGCGUCGGCUGCGGCGCGUGCUUCCAGGUGCGGUGCAAGGACGAGGAGCUCUGCAGCACCGCCGGCGUGAAGGUCGUCGUCACCGACCGCGCCAGCACGAAGACGAACGACACCGACCUCGUGCUGAGCAGCCCGGCGUUCGCCGCCAUGGCCCGCCCCGGCAUGGCUGGGCGGCUCGCCAAGCUCGGCGCCGUCGACGUCGAGUACAAGAGGGUGCCGUGCGUGUACGAGGGCAAGAACCUCUCACUGCGGGUGGAGGAGCGGAGCCGCGCGCCCAGCGAGCUGGCCGUCACGAUCCUCUACCAGGGCGGCCAGACCGACAUCGUCGAGGUCGACGUCACGCAGGUCGGUUCGCCGUCGAGCUGGACGUCCCUGACACACGACCACGGGCCGGCGUGGAGCACGAGGCUGGCGCCGCCGGGGCCGCUGCAGCUCAGGGCGGUGGUGACCGGCGGGUACGACGGGGCGUGGGUCUAUGCCGAACAUGAAGUCCUGCCGCGCCAGUGGCACGCCGGCGAGGUCUACGACACCGGCGUCCAGAUCACCGACAUCGCCCAAGAAGCCUGCUCCCCCUGCGACACGCAGGAGUGGAAGUGACGGGUGACGAGGCAAGCAAACAACACCGCUCUGCCUAGCCAAGAGGAAGAGCAUCGAACGAACGGUUAGGGGCUCCUGCAAAGUACUGCGUACAAAAUAUACACUACAAAUAAAGAUAUGUAGCAACAAUGAAGUGAUAAUGAGUAGAUGACGGCUAGGCUCGAACAAAAUGCUACAAAUGAAAUUGGUGGUUGUUUAUGCAAAUGAAAUUGGGAGCUUAGAUCCUUU